ACUGUGGGUUUCCUGCGCCCGUAACCGCGCUCGUGACUUUCUUUCCCGUCACGCUCUGCGGUGCGGCCGCCCUCUGGGCUGUGUAAAGGCCCCUCGGUCUAAGGCUUUCCUAUUUCCUGGUUCGCCGGCGGCCAUUUUGGGUGGAAGCGAUAUCUGAGUGGCGGCGGCUGCUGAUUGUGUUCUAAGGGGACGGAGUGGGGGAAGACGUUUGCUUUCCCGGAACCACCUAUCUCAUUCCUCUCCUUCGAUUACCCGUGGCGCCGGGAGUCAGGGCGGCGGCUGCAGCAGCAAGGGCGGCGGCGGUGGCGGCGGCGGCGGCAGCUGCAGUGACAUGUCCAGCAUGAAUCCUGAAUAUGAUUAUUUAUUCAAGUUACUUCUGAUUGGCGACUCUGGAGUUGGAAAGUCUUGCCUUCUUCUUAGGUUUGCAGAUGAUACUUAUACAGAAAGCUACAUCAGUACAAUUGGUGUGGAUUUCAAAAUAAGAACUAUAGAGUUAGAUGGAAAAACAAUCAAGCUUCAAAUAUGGGACACAGCAGGCCAAGAAAGAUUUCGAACAAUCACCUCAAGUUACUACAGAGGAGCCCAUGGCAUCAUAGUUGUGUAUGAUGUGACAGACCAGGAGUCCUUCAAUAAUGUCAAACAGUGGCUGCAAGAAAUAGAUCGUUAUGCCAGUGAAAAUGUCAACAAGUUGUUGGUAGGGAACAAAUGUGAUUUGACCACAAAAAAAGUUGUAGACUACACAACAGCAAAGGAAUUUGCUGAUUCCCUUGGAAUUCCAUUUUUGGAAACCAGUGCUAAGAACGCAACAAAUGUAGAACAGUCUUUCAUGACUAUGGCAGCUGAGAUUAAAAAGCGAAUGGGCCCUGGAGCGACAGCUGGUGGUGCAGAGAAGUCCAAUGUUAAAAUUCAGAGCACUCCAGUCAAGCAGUCAGGUGGAGGUUGCUGCUAAAAUUUGCCUCCGUCUUUUUCUCACAGCAAUGAAUUUGCAAUCUGAACCCAAGUGAAAAAACAAAAUUGCCUGAAUUGUACUGUAUGUAGCUGCACUACAACAGAUUCUUACCGUCUCCACAAAGGUCAGAGAUUGUAAAUGGUCAAUACUGACUUUUUUUUUAUUCCCUUGACUCAAGACAGCUAACUUCAUUUUCAGAACUGUUUUAAACCUUUGUGUGCUGGUUUAUAAAAUAAUGUGUGUAAUCUUUGUUGCUUUCCCAAUACCAGACUGUUUCCCGUGGUUGGUUAGAAUAUAUUUUGUUUUGAUGUUUAUAUUGGCAUGUUUAGAUGUCAGGUUUAGUCUUCUGAAGAUGAAGUUCAGCCAUUUUGUAUCAAACAGCACAACCAGUGUCUGUCACUUUCCAUGCAUAAAGUUUAGUGAGAUGUUAUAUGUAAGAUCUGAUUUGCUAGUUCUUGUAGAGUUAUAAAUGGAAAGAUUACACUAUCUGAUUAAUAGUUUCUUCAUACUCUGCAUAUAAUUUGUGGCUGCAGAAUACUGUAAUUUGUUGCACACUAUGUAACAAAACAACUGAAGAUAUGUUUAAUAAAUAUUGUACUUAUUGGAAGUAAUAUCAAAUUGUAUGGUGAUAAGUAUUGUUUUAAUUCUCAUGGUUAAAGGGAAAUAGAGCCUUGCAUUAUAUUCAAAAAAAGGCAAUUGUGUGUGCAACCAGGGCAUUAUAGACAUAUCUUAGAGCAGCAUCCAAUAUGCUUUCCAGAUAAUAUACCCAGUAAAUGACCUAGUGAGGCUUCCGAGCUAUGUAGGAAUUUAACCAAGCUGAAUGGUUCAGGGAGAUUAAACUAUGGAAAGCAAGUUUAGAAUAUAUGCUCUUUAGUCUCUUAUCUCAAAUCCUUCUCUAAAACCAUUUGAAAUGACUUCAUUGAUCAACAUUUUGUUAAUUCACCUGUGUUAUAGGUAUACAGCAGCACACUUUUCCUAACUGGCAAAUGACCAGACUAAUGUGCAUAAUAAUACUCUAUCGUCUAUGCUGUAAGUCAGAUACCAGAUUUUAUCCUCCUCAGUGCUGUAAUUUGGGAUGGAGGAGAGUUAAAAACAUUUGAAGUAGAAAGCAGAAAAUAAUAUCAUUUGCCCUAAUUUUAGAAAUUAUACCCCUAAAAAUUAACUGAAGACACAAAUGCUGGGUAGGAAAUAAAUGAAAGAAAUAUAUUUAUUUCAGAGAAAUUUUGCACAUGUGAAAAUUUUGUUAAGUAGAACCUUAAAGAUCCUAGAAUUUGUUUUUAUUGUGGGAAGCAAAAUAUCUUUGCUGACACUGGAAUUUUAAGGUGAUAAAAGUUAGAGAUUGUUUCCUUGAGGUUGAAGUAGCAGCCAAAGCAUUCUUUACUUAGGGGAUUGGGAUGUGGCUGAGGGUGGCACAUUUUAUUGUGGGUUCUUUUAAUUUAAUUAUACAAUCUAAACUAAAAACAAGCCAAAAAUUGUAGGUCUCUUUAUUUUCACUAUAUAGGCAAUUGAAAUACAUGGUACAAAAAUAAAUGGUAAGAUUAUUGUAAAAUGAAAUGGAAAUAUUCAAUUUAAUUUUCCAUCUAUGAAAUUUCAAAAUAAAAUCAUAGUUUACUUUGUAUUAUA